AUGGCCAAGACUGCAAGACAGACUGCAAGACAGACUGCACGACAGACUGCACGACCACGACGUCGGGUCGAGGAAUAUCACCGCCAUGCAAUCAUGGAAUGGUGCGAGGGGGAUAUCGCCGAUCUUGCACUCCUUCCGCAUUCGCUGCUUCAUAAUCACUUGCGAGGCAGCCGACGCAUCCGGCCCCUUCAGUCUCUUGGCGUACCCAUCACCUCUCUCUCUGGCUCUCCCUCUCUCUCCAGCGUUAAUAGUCUCAAUUAUCGGAUACUCCGAGUCCGUCAUACCAAAGUGUGGUCCCUCGUCGGACGCGUUCCAUCCUGUAAGCUGCUAACCAUCUCGGCGGGCCUCCAGCUUCCCGCUCUUCUUUCCACGGGACUGAACCGAAAUAGGAGCUUCCCUGGUGACUCUAUCACGUGGUCCGUCCAUGUCCAGGGUUGGAUGCUGCUUCCCGCACCCUUCCUCGGCAUCUCUGCUACUGCGCGCAUGCCCUGGUUCCUGCAGCCAAUUACCAUUGCUUUGCCAUCCAUAUCUAUGCCUUGGAGACGCAAGGAACCUCUGGCCAGAUGCGGCGUGUCUCAGAACAGAGACAGCGAGACGGUCGGUCAGCGAAUGGAUUCGGAAAUGCCGUCUUCUCCCCCCUCCAACGGAGGGGGUUCAACGCAAGAUUUGACGCAAGCCAAGGCGCACGCCACGAAGCCCAUUCGGCUUAUAAUCGGCCGGGCUGAAAGACCUUCCCUUUUCCCUGAUGGGACCGAUACCAGAUUGGAUCUCGUACAUCCCGCCUUCAAACAGCUUGCCUUGUACAACGCAACCUGCCUCUCGGAUCUCGGAAUCCAGUGGCCCUUUUACGAUCCAUUCGUUUCCCGGUGCGCCGUGAACAAGAAGCCUUACGGACCGCCACCAGUGGAUUUGCAGUACUCGUUCGGCAGCGGGGCCCGGACGAAGGAAUCUGGUCCACAACCCGCGGCUGCGGACAUGCGACACCUUUUCUUGGGCAUGACAACCGUGUUUCUUCCUCCUCCUUUACCGCCAUUUCAUCGCGCAACCCACAUGUUCGGGAAACUCUGUUAUUCCAAGUCUCAUCCCGCCUGGCUUCUAGCUCCUGCCAAGAUAGGAUGUCUUGAGCGUGAGACCCAUGUUCGGUCCGCUUUUGGGUGCAAACCUACCCGCGUGGUCAGACGGGGGGAUUUCGAGUACUUCGGCAUUUCAAUUAAGAUCAUUGAUGCUCAUGCUCGUAACAUGCCAAGCUUGACCUCAGGUAUCCAACUAACCUUGCUCGGUGACAUUUUGCAUCCCGGAUCUUGGGCUUCGUCAUGGUCCAUGGUCACUCCAUGCAUAGAUGCACAGGGACUAGGUCCUAAGCACAACAGCGGAAGAAGAAGAGAACGGGGGAUUGGGGAGGACAGCCUAUGCCUGUGGGAUUACUCCAAGACUGCUCAGCCAGAACUUUCAACGAGAUCCCACAAACCCCCCUGUCUCUCUCUGUCGUCCAGGCCCCGGGUCUUCGAGCAAUGUUCCCUCAGAGAUCCGACCACGCACGGGUUGGCAGAUCCCAAUGUCAGACUCAGACGCGGCACCGACGCAUAUUUACAUGCAGCGGAUAAAGGCGCAGCAUGUCAGCCCGGCGGUUAUCGGGCCCAAGCGUCUGUCAAAAUCGAGCUGAGAGCAUUUGGACAGGGGGACAGUGUCAAGGCCAGGAGAGGAAAACGAUUCAACCCCCUCUCGCGCCAAGGAAGGGGGUGGAGAAAGAAGGGUCCUGUCAUUCAUGCGACAGGCGAAUCGCAAAUCGUUUCGGGCUUCUUUGGAGGAGCGCCCGAAAUGACUGAUUUGCCCGCCCGGGUGGCUUGGUGGCAGUCUUUUUGUUUCUCGAAGUUCGAACUGCAGAUGUUGGCACCACCCCCCGCGCUCAAGCUGAGUGAAACGGAGUUUGGGGGCAACAUGACCCCGCGACCUCACCUCUCUCCUCCACCACGUCUCCCCGUCUCGGCAGCUGACGAUGGCAGUAAAUGCGCUGUGCUCCUGGCCGGGACCAUACGUUGUAAAGUGAGGGUGUUAAUGGCUGCCUCGCGUCCUGCCAAGUUCUGGAAGCACGUCCUCGUCCACUUUUUCCUUCCACGGAACGACGUUCCGAAGACGCUCUUGUUUAGCCUCUUUGCCGAUGGACGGAUUCGCCGACCCAUAAGACCAUUAGCUCAGUUCUCACAGCCACUCACUCCCCUUCAAAGCCGACGCCAUAUAUUACGGAUAGGUCUUGUCAUGCCUCGAGAGCUCCCGGAUUAG